GCGCUUCCGGUGCGCGGAGCGGGAGCGGCGAGCGGCGGCGGCGGCCGAGCGGCCGGAGCCGGGGCCAUGCGGCGGCCGCGGCCGGGCUAGCCGCGCCAUGUCCGGCUACGCGCGCCGCCCGGGCGUCCCCCCGCUGGCGCGGGCCCGCAGCCUCGUCGUCCCGGACGCUUCCGCCUCCUUCGCGCGCCGGCCCCGCCUGCCCCAGCUGGACUGCGAGCGGCCCCGCGGCCGCGACCCCGACGCGCCCGGCCCCGGCCCCGGCCCCCGGCCCGCCUUCACGUGCUACGUGCCCGGCCCCGCGCUGGCCUCGGCGGCGGACGCAGGUUUUGACUAUGGGAAGGGGAAAGGUCUGAAGCCGAGUCCGCUGGGUCCCCUGGAGACACAUUUUGGAGACGGGAAACUGGAGGGUCUGGAAGAGGCGAAUCCCUUCUCCUUCAAGGAGUUCCUGAAGACCAAGACGCUGGGGCUGCUGGACGAGGAGCCCAGCGGCAGGCCCUACGCCAAGGGCGUCUCGGGGCACUCUCUGGGCCUCGGCCUGGACCCCCCGGCGUCUCAGACCAUGGGCUACGGCCUGGAGUACCAGCAGUCGUUCUUCGAAGACCUGACGGGGGCCGGCGACCUUCUGGACGAGGACGACGAGGACGACGAGGAGGACAGCUGGGUCGGGGCCUACCUGCCGGCCUCCCUGGAGCAGGCCCGGCCCGCACGCGCGGCCGCCAGCACGUCCCCGCGUGGCGAGUACGUGUCCUUCUUCUCCGCCCCGUCCGAGCUGAGCGCCGGGCCCGAGUGCCUGCCCUCCUGGACGCUGGGGGACCCCGACUCCUGCGUCUCGCCCGCGGGGAGCCCCGGCGACUUCGCCCACAGAGAGUCCCUGGGAGACCGGCACCUCCGCGCGCUGCAGAUCAGCUACGAGGCACUGAAAGAGGAAAAUUCGAAGCUCAGAAGAAAACUGACCGAGGUCCAGAGCUUCUCUGAAACCCAGACGGAAAUGGUGAGGACGCUCGAGCGGAAGCUGGAGGCGAAGAUGGCCAAGGAGGAGAGCGACUACCAUGACCUGGAGUCCGUGGUCCAGCAGGUGGAGCAGAACCUGGAGCUGAUGACGAAACGGGCCAUGAAGGCAGAAAACCAGGUGCUGAAACUAAAGCAGGAGAUGAGUUUGCUCCAGAUACAGGUCUCUAACCUCAAGCACGACAACGAAGUCCUGCGCUCGGGCGAGGGUGCCAGCCUGACCGUGGUGAAGCAGAACACAGACACAGCCCUGCAGAACCUCCGCCUGGUCAUGAGCAAUGCUCACACCUCCAUUAAGCAGCUCAUUUCUGGAGCUGAGAAGUUGAAUCUUGUUGCUGAAAUCCUGAAAUCCAUAGACAAGAUUUCUGAGAUCAAAGAGGAGGAGAACGAGGAGGAAGAGGAGUCUUGACUGCUUCCAGCUGGGAGCUGCUCCCAUCCCAGACUUGCUCCUGAGACCCGGGUAGAUGCCUUCUUCGACCCGCAGCCUUCCCUGUAGCGACUGCUCCUCCUGACUGCGCCGCCUCUCCUGGAGCAGUCCUGUGGGCAGUCAGUGUGGGCCUGAGGCGCCCUUUGUUGGGGUGAGCUCGGGAGUCCUCUGGGGCAGCCAGCGGCCCCUAGAGUUCAGCCUGGGAACGGCAGUUUGUUGAGCGUCCUGACACCCUGCAGCCCCACGGGUAGAAAGAAACGCGGGCCAGGGUAGGCCGGGGCCGGGGGAGGUGCCCCUGCUCACAGCCCGCCCGCCUCUGUGUGGGCACAGGUGUGCUGCCCAGCGGCCUUCAGAUCCCAGCGCUGCUGCUGACCCGAGGCAAGUGGCAUUUCAUGCCCCUGUUGAGGACUCAGCCGCGGCCCCCAGGACGGGGUCCCUGCGCACGUGCCUUCUGGCUGUUUUUCCGCAGCUGAUUUAAGUAACUUCUUUUCCCCUCGUUUGCACUGACACCUUACCUAAUAAAUUCUGCCAUUUGUGCACACAAACACGCGGUCCGUUCUCUGAGCCAGCUGUGCUGGAGCCUGCCUGUCCUAGGCUGCUGGGGCUGCGGGUCCCUUCUCUUGGAGCAUGCCUGGGGUCUCGUGCGUAACACUUCAAGACGUAUUUGGACGGUGCAACCCGUCCAGAUGAUCUCAGCUCAGGUAAAAUUGCCACCCAGCCCUGGUGACCGCUUGUCCGGGAUGGAUUGGAGUGUGCAGGGAAGGGUGGGGGAGAAGUCUGAGCUUCUGCCCCAGCCGAGCCGCCAGAAAGGGAAAGCU